GGAUGCCCACGUAGGCCAAAAGAUAAGGUACAUGUACGAGAAUUUUCUUUUCUGGAUUUUUCACACCUUCUCCCCACUCUUCCUUCUCCAGCUCCAUACCUUUCCAUAGCACACAUCCACUGCCCCCAAUACCUUUUUAUAUCCCGCCCCGUUCCACCCGCCUGUAGUCAUGACCGUUACAUCCUCAGCCCACGGAAGCAAGUACGCCAACGAAAUUAAUCAGGCUAUUGAGAGUGAAAGCGAAUCGCUUCGCCAACUCAGUUUACAGAUUCAUAGCAACCCAGAACUUGGAUACAAAGAGGUAUUUGCGCACAAGGUUCUGACCGAUUACCUGGAGUCAAAGGGGUUUAACGUGACCCGCCAUGCGUACGAGAUCGAUACCGCCUUUAUCGCCGAGUACGAAUCGCCUGCCGCCACUGCCGCUGCCGCUGCUGGCGAGAAGGUCAAGGCUGUUGGUUAUUGCUCAGAAUAUGACGCCUUGCCAGGCAUCGGUCACGCAUGCGGCCACAACCUGAUCGCGAUUUCCGGUGUCGCGGCCGCCCUUGGCGUCAAGGCUGUACUCGAGAAACACAACCUGGCGGGACGUGUGCGUCUGGUGGGUACCCCUGCCGAGGAGACCACUGGAGGAAAGAUUCCGCUGAUCAAGAGUGGCGCUUUUGAUGGAUUGGAGGCCUGCAUGAUGGCACAUCCUGCUCCUGCAGAUGUUGUUUACUGCACAGUCCUGUCUGUCGGUGGUGUCGCAGUAGAGUACUUCGGAAAGGCUUCCCAUGCCUCUGCAUCGCCAUGGGAAGGUGUGAAUGCUCUCGAUGCCUUGGUAACCGCAUACAACGGCAUUGGACUCCUUCGUCAGCAAACUGCACCGACUAGUCGCGUCCACGGCAUCAUCACUAAUGGAGGACAGGCACCAAACAUUAUACCUGAUUAUGCCGCUGGAAAGUUCCUGUACCGUGCCACCAACAUUGACGAUCAUAGAAAGAUCCGCGAUAGCGUCAUGAAGAUUCUCAACGCCGCCGCCGACUCCACAGGAUGCACCGUCAAGAUCACAGAGGAGAUGGAGUAUAAGCCCGUCCCCAAUAACGAGCUCCUGGCUGCCCGUUAUGCCGCCUACACAGAAGAUCUCGGCGUCAAAUACGUUCCAAGGGCAAUACAAGAGGCCGCUCCCAGUGGAUCGACAGACAUGGGCAAUGUGGCACAUUACCUCCCCGGUAUCCACCCCGUCUUCAACAUCGCCAGCCUUGAGGGCGCCAUCGAUACUGAGGUCUCAAACCACUCGAUCAGGUUCACAGAGCAGGCCAAGACCGAAGUUGCCCAUGCUGCCACUCUUCGCUCUGCCAAGGGAUUGGCCAUGACAGGAGUCGAUGUCGUACUCGAGCCUGGGUUCUCCGAAGCCGCAUGGGACGAUUUCGAAAAGCGUGUUCCAAAGGAGGGAGUCGACUCAGUUGAGGAAAAGUUGAAGACCCUGGCCUCGGUCUCUACUGGAGGAUGUGGUUGCCACUAAGCACAUCAUGGCGUGGACCAACUAAAUAACAUCGAUCACUCAGACCAACAUCUUGACAGUUGCGGUUUCCAACCAAAAACUAUCUGGCGAGAUAAGUUAUAGUGUAUAUUUUAAAUAAAACUGGAAUCUGUCUAUAAGUCA